ACCCCACCUGUUUUACCAGCUCAGCCUGAAACCUGGAGGUUGCUACAGGUUUUGAGCAGCAUGUGAUUCAAGUCAUCUGGCAAUUCAAACUUGCCAUCUCUGUUCGUGUCACCUCACUUGAACAGGGAGCCGAGUGGUUGUCCGUAUAUAUCCAGCUCUGAUCUCUGUUAACUGCCUUCUUCAACUCAGCACCAUAUGGCCUCUGCGUGGACUGAGGAGGAGACCUUUGUCUGCUCAGUGUGCUUGGACACCCUGAAGGACCCAGCCACUCUACCCUGUGGACACUCGUACUGCCUGUCUUGUAUCCAGAGCCACUGGGACAAGAGAGACAGUAAGGGUGAGUACAGCUGCCCCCAGUGUCGGCAGGUCUUCAGCCCUCGGCCCUCGCUGGCCAAGAGCACUGUCCUUGUGGAGGCCAUGGAACAACUGAGAACCAACAGCUUCAAGCAAAGCUUCUCCCCCGCCUCCUCCGCCCCACCAUCCAUGCCCAUCUACCUGGAGGUCCUACCACAUUUAGGGCCGCGACAGGGCAGCGUGUACCCCCAGCUUCCCACGGUGGAUCCCAGAUCCUGCCCUCAACACAACCAACCCCUGGUGCUGUUUUGCCGUGAAGACAAGGAGUUUGUGUGUGAGUUGUGUUGCCAGCGUGGACACAAGGGACAUCAAGUGCUCAAACCAAAGAAAGAGAGGAAGGAGAGAGAGAAAGAGCUUGUUCACAUGCAGGCAGAGGCCCAGAGGAGAAUUCAGGAGACUGGAAAGAAACUAAAGGAGCUCCCGCAUCUUGCUCGCCAGCACAAGGCGUUGGUCCAGGCUCUGCAGCAAGAGAGCACAGAUUUAUUCACUGAGCUAGCCCAGACCGUGAGUCUAUCAGGCACCCAGGCUGGCGAACUCCUCAGCACCCACGAGACCUCCAUAGGCAGCCAGGUGGAGGUGCAGAUCCACAGACUAGAGCAGGAGGUGGCACAGCUCGGCUGGAAGAGUGAAGAGCUGAACAAGCUGGCCAGCAUGCAGGACCACAUCGGCUUCUUGAAGAAUUUCCUAACCCUGGAGCCACUGGGUAAGAUCGGGGCCUCAGGAGAGUCAGUGCUGGGUCAGGAGGAAGCGGUGGUAGCCUCCAUCCGCUCAGUCAUGCAAGAUUUACAGACAUCGGUACAGGAGCUCUGCAAAGUCAGUCUGGCCAAGAUCAACACACUAGUGAGUCAUGUCUCUGUGGAUUCAACACCCAGUGGUGCAGUAGCAGGUGCAACAGUAUCUGAUAACUGUGAUCAGGAUAAAUCACAAAACACAGUAUAUGAAAUGAUGACAGACGCUCCACCUUUGCCGCCUCGAAGACCUCAAGAGCAUGAGUCUUCAAUAAAAUACCCGGCUCUACAUCCUGCAUGUCCUGAAGCUUCAGCCCCACCUCCACCCCUCCAUCCUCCUCAACCUCACGGGCUUGUUAACCCAGAACCAAAGUCUAGAGGAGAAUUGCUGAAAUUUCGCUUCGAACCCACCAUGGACCCUAACACGGUGUAUCGCCACAUCCAGUUGUUGGAAGGAGGGCAUAAGGCCACGAUGCGGGCUGAAAACCUGAACCCUCCAGACUACCCUGAGCGCUUCCACUUCUGGAGACAGGUUCUCUGCAAAGAGCCCCUGGCUGGGAGCCCCUACUACUGGGAGGUGGAGUGGACCGGCCAAAAGAUCACCAUUGGUGUAGCCUACAAGGAGAUUGAACGCAAAAGAUCUGAUGACAAAAGUCGUUUGGGCCACAAUCCCCAGUCCUGGAGCCUGUACUGGACUGGCACUGGUUUCUCCUUCUGGCAUGACGGUCAGGAAAAGCUCCUCGGCCCAACUAAGGCCAAAAGGAUUGGUGUGUAUCUGGACCAACAUGCAGGGACUCUGGCCUUUUACCGCAUCACCAACAACCAGGCUGAGCUCAUCCACCAGCACCAGACCCACUUCACUGGACCACUGUACCCAGGAUUCAGAUUCUGGGCAGGAGUAGGGGCCUCAGCGACGGUCUGCCUCCUGGAUUAAGUUGUUUAUUUUUUUGAUACAACCUUGGUUGAAAUCAUGACACUUUAACCCAUUCUAGAUAAGAAACUUAUCGUUUUUAUAAUAUCUUUUCGAACCAACCGUUCAUUGCCUGAUGUAAAGUUUCUAAAACUGUCUUUGUAAGUGAAUAAAGGAGGAAUAUACACUUAUUAUCAUCAUUCACA